AUGGUGAAAACUGCUGCAGCUCCAGCUCCGACUGGACCAGGCAUUUACAGUGCCACUUACAGCGGAAUACCCGUCUAUGAAUUCCAGUUCGGCCAGGACCUCAAGGAACAUGUAAUGCGCAGGAGACAAGACGACUGGAUAAAUGCAACACACAUUCUGAAGGCAGCAGGUUACGACAAGCCUGCACGUACCCGAAUCCUCGAGCGAGAAGUCCAGAAAGAUGAACAUGAGAAGAUCCAAGGCGGUUAUGGAAAAUAUCAAGGCACAUGGAUUCCGCUGGAAGCUGGCGCGCAGCUUGCCCAGAAGAACAAUGUUUGGGAGCGCUUGCAACCCAUAUUUGAGUUCACCCCAGGCAACCAAAGUCCUCCCCCAGCACCACGACAUGCGAGCAAACCGAAAGCUCCAAGAAAGCCCGCCGUACCGAAAUGGGCUCCAAGUGCGCCGUCACAACCACCGCAACAGCCACCGCAGAUGCUACAACAACAUCACGAAUACGAGACAGCCAGCCAGAUGAACGAGGAGGACACGCCAGACAAUCUCACCGUGGCGUCAGCUUCCUACAUGGCCGAGGACGACCGUCCUGACAUGUCCCACUACUCUACUGGCCAUCGAAAGAGGAAGCGGGAAGAUCAAUUACAGGAUAUGACGGAGCAGCAACAUGCACUGUAUGGCGACGAGCUUCUCGACUAUUUUCUACUUUCUCGCCAGGACGGUCCUGCUGCCCGGCCAGAACCUCCACCGAAUUUUCAAGCAGACUACUUCAUUGAUACGGACCGUAAUACGUCUUUGCAUUGGGCCAGUGCGAUGGGAGAUACAGAGGUCAUGAAGCAACUCAAGCGCUUUGGUGCCAGUCUCAACUGCCAGAACAUACGUGGCGAGACGCCUCUGAUGCGCGCAGUUUGUUUCACGAAUAGCUACGAAAAGCAGUCAUUCCCAGCCGUCCUGAAGGAGCUCUUCGACACAAUUGACGCACGAGAUGAGUCAAAUUGUACAGUUUUACAUCACGCCGUCACCAUGCGUACCGGGCGUGUCCUCAGCCACACUUGCUCGCGGUACUACCUCGACAAUAUUCUCAAUCGACUUCAAGAGACACAAGAUCCUAAUUAUGUCCAAGCGCUGAUCGACGCUCAGGAUAAUAGAGGCAACACCGCACUGCAUCUUGCAGCCCAGUCAAAUUCACGCAAGUGUAUUCGCGCCUUGCUUGGGCGUGGCGCUAGCACCGAUAUUCCCAAUGGUGAGGGUGUCCGGGCAGAAGAACUCAUCCAGCAGUUGAAUGCCACCAAAGGACCAAAGGAACGUGCACCCCAGAGGUCCUCCAGUCCAUUUGCCCCCGAAAGCCAACGUCAUGUAGCCUUCCGGGAUGCCCUUACGGAAUCCGUGAAUAAGCUGGCCAUCACCUAUCAUUCAGGGGCGGCAAACGCUGUGCAAAACAAGAUCACGCCGCUAGUUCUAGAGAAGUUCCAGGACCUCGCACGGUCAUAUGAUGAAGAAUGGAAGGCAAAGAAUGACGCCGAGGUCGAAGCAAGACGCAUACUUGGAAAGACUCAAAACGAUCUUGCUGUGGUUGGUCAAGACAUUGCCGCCCUCAAGGCCAGGCUUGAACCACAAGAAAACGCGGCAAAGGCAGUGGGUGAUGCGACCAUGGCACAGCAUCAAGUCCUCGACUUGUUAGCAGCUCAAACUCGACAUCUUGUGAAUGCAAAUGUCCAGCAACAGUUGUCGUUGUUGAAUGGUAACGCCACGUCACCCGACGAUGAUGAUCCUGAGACUCGUCUACAGUUGGCCAAUCAGCUGCGCGAAGCACUAGCAGAGCAAAGAAAGGUUGAGAAAGAGUACGUCGAUGCUCUCGGGUUGAGCGGAACUGGCGAGAACAUCGACAAGUACAGACAGCUGUUGAAGAAGUGUCUAGACAGAGCGGAUGCCGAUAAUCUAGAUGCAAAUCUGGACGAUUUGAUUGACAUGAUGGAAGAGGAGCACAGCCCGACGGAAACCCCUGGCGUGGCCGUGGUGCCGGAGAGUGACCGCCUAUUGAUGUAA